AUGAUUGUCGAUAUUCUAGUCAUUGAAUUCAAUUCAUAUGCUGUGGUAAAAUUGCAAAAUGUAAAAUCAACUACAGUAGCGGUAAAAGGAAAUCAACCUUGCUGGGAGCAAGAAUUCAUCUUUGAAACGAAUCGAAUUGAUGAUGGUAUGUUGCUGGAAAUUUGGAAUAAAGGUGUCCUUUGGGAUAAACUUCUCGGUAUGCGUUAUUUAGCACUAACAUCGGUGCAGUAUAGGAAUGAAGCAGGACCAGGUAAAUGGUUACAAAUUGAUCAAGAAUUGGAAACUCGAAAUGGUCAAACAAUUGGAACAAGUCAUCCAACUGGACAUUCGGUUCUAAUUGAUGUACGCUUCGAAUUGCCAUACGAUGCACAAGGUGCUAAUGCAGAAGAGUUACAAGCAAAGUUGCAAGAAUUAAGUCGUCUUAUCGAAAGUGGUGUAAGUUUUUGA